AUGUGGCCGUCUCGCGCCAGACUGUUCGGUGUCAUUUCAGCACCCGUUAUUGUAGCAGUCAUGUGCUGUGCACAGAGCGCCAAUGAGCCCGGCAACAUGUCUUUUGUCAAAGAGACAGUGGACAAACUCCUGAAAGGGUACGACAUCCGCCUGAGACCAGACUUCGGAGGGCCCCCAGUGGCGGUUGGCAUGAGUAUAGACGUGGCCAGUAUUGACAUGGUUUCAGAAGUCAAUAUGGACUACACUCUGACCAUGUACUUCCAGCAGUACUGGAGGGACAAGCGACUGGCGUACGGAGGAAUCCCGCUCAAUCUAACACUCGACAACCGGGUCGCAGACCAGCUCUGGGUGCCUGACACCUACUUCCUGAACGACAAGAAGUCCUUCGUCCACGGCGUGACAGUGAAAAACCGCAUGAUCCGACUCCAUCCGGAUGGGACUGUCCUCUAUGGCCUUAGGAUCACCACUACAGCAGCCUGCAUGAUGGACCUCAGGAGAUACCCACUGGAUGAGCAGAACUGCACGCUGGAAAUCGAAAGCUAUGGAUACACCACAGAUGAUAUUGAGUUCUACUGGAAAGGGGGAGACAACGCAGUUACGGGAGUGUCGAGGAUAGAGCUGCCUCAGUUCUCCAUUGUGGAUUAUAAACUGGUCUCCAGGAACGUUGUGUUCUCCACAGGUGCCUACCCACGUCUGUCGCUGAGCUUCAAGCUUAAGAGAAACAUCGGCUACUUCAUCCUCCAGACGUACAUGCCCUCCAUUUUGAUCACCAUCCUGUCGUGGGUGUCCUUCUGGAUCAAUUACGACGCCUCCGCAGCCCGCGUGGCUCUGGGAAUUACAACUGUGCUGACCAUGACCACCAUCAACACUCACCUGCGCGAGACGCUUCCAAAGAUCCCAUAUGUGAAAGCCAUAGACAUGUACCUGAUGGGAUGCUUCGUCUUUGUCUUCCUGGCCCUGUUGGAGUAUGCCUUUGUCAACUACAUCUUUUUUGGGAGGGGACCCCAGAUGCAGAAGAAACUGGCCGAGAAAGCAGAAAAAGCCAACAAUGACAGGGCCAAAUAUGAUGGCAAGCAGUCUGUUGUGGAGGGGGGAAACUGCAAGACACCAUCUGUCAAACAAUCCAAUCAGGUACAAGGACAUCGUCACUCACGGGCGGUUGACACCCAUGGAAACAUCCUGCUGACAACCCUUGAGAUCCAUAAUGAGGUAGCGGGCAACGAGGUCACAACAAGCCUAACAGAGACCAGGAACUCCUCGUCCAUGGUGUUCGAUAGCUCUGGGGUCCAGUACCGGAAAGCCAGCACCCCUCGGGAGGCUGGGCGGCAGAGCCUGGAUCGCCACACCCAGAUGAAGAAGCCACGACUCCGUCGGAGGUCCUCGCAGCUCAAAAUCAAAAUCCCUGACUUGACGGACGUAAAUGCCAUUGACAGGUGGUCAAGGAUAGUAUUCCCCGCCACCUUUUCCCUCUUCAAUCUCAUCUACUGGCUCUACUACGUGAACUAAGCUUCAGUUUGGGGUUAUUUUUUCUUUCUAGUUGCUGUUCUUGAAGACUGCCUCCAUGCACCAGGGACACACUUGUUUGCCCUCUUUGUC